AUGCUUCUUCCUCCCUCGGCCCGACCGAUCAUACGCCGCAUCGUCUCGGAUCGCGAUCAUCCGCACAGCACCCAAUCACUUCCGACCACCGGCACCAUCCGUCCCAACCUGUGGAAUGCCGUACGUCAGCGCGUGCGCGUCACGUCGGCUCUGAGGGAUUCAGUCGAUCCUUCGAAACGCCGAUCUCGCGCUUUUGAGGACGAGCGCACGUUUGAUGAUGAAGGCAUCACCUCGGACACUCUCCGUACCGACAUCGACCAUCUGCUCGCACCAGGGCAAUAUCAAGAGCAGUGGCAAUCGCUAGCACAUCUAUUCGACGAUGGUACGGACUCGUCCCAGUCAAGGCCGCGACAGAGCAGAAAGAGCAAACGUCUCUCCAUGGCUGUGUCGGGACGAACGGCUUCGACUUCGCCAGCCCUCGUCUCAGCCGUAUUCACUCCAGCUCCUCGACCUGGCUUGCCACAGCGGGCAGGCUCUUCUUACGCCGGGGAAAACGAACAGGACAAUCCUGAUGACUCGCUCGCAAGCUUCGCAGGACCUUCGUCCCUAAAGGGCAAGUCAAGCUUCAAGCUUCGCCAUCGCCCGUCUCCUUCCUCUACGGAGCACCGUACCGCAGACAAGAGCACGGUUCCCACAGCACCAUCACCGUCGAAACCCGAUCCCAAAACCCAGUCCAGCCUAGAUGACCUUUUUGUUCACCGCAGCUCGCUCAGCGAAGAGCCAACCAGCGUCUUAACCGACGACCCCGAUCAAACUCCGCUCGGCGAGGACCCGCUCCUGUACUCCACCCAAGAACAUCUUCUGGACAGCGAGACCGAAUCGGAAUCCGACACUGAGAGCGAAAGCGAUAGCGACAGCGACAACCGACAUGUUCAGGGAAGGGCGUUUGUUGGCAAAGUGAGCCGCUCGAUAUCAUACGCAAGCUACAGCGGCUCCGGCGUGCGCAACGGCGGCGACCCGUCGACGUCGGCCCAAUCCUCCGGUGCCUCGACAGGCCGGACCGCAUCUUUUCGAGCCGCUGUUCGUUCAGCGAUGUCUUUCCUGAACGGAUCAAAACUUACUCCUCUUCAAAGAAGCAUCUUCAAGUGUGCACUCGCGUAUCUUGCCGCUUCCCUCUUCACCUACUCUGCUGUCCUCAGCCGCUGGCUGGCGAGCUUUCUGCCCAACAACGAUCCCAACGACGAUGUGCCCUUCUCGAAUUUGCACAUGAUCGCGACGGUGGCAGUCUACUUCCAUCCAGCCAAGACGCUCGGUGCGAUGAUCGAAGCCGAUCUCUACGCUCUUGGCUCCUUCCUCUAUGCCAUCGCGCUCGGUUUCUGCUCCAUGGCGGUCGCCGUCUUCUUGCACGAGACCAACCGCGUCAUCAUCUCCGACAUUAUCAGCGUGCUGGUCUUCCUCGGCUUCGGCAUGGCGCUCGUCGGCUAUGCAAAGAUCAAGGUGGCCAAGCCUCAGUUCAACACCGCCUGCUCGCUCAUCGCGAUCAUCGUCUUCACUGUCGUCGUCAAGGAGGGCUCGCUCCACCUCGGUCACUUCUCGACCGAAAAGACCUUCCAGGUCACCUUGGUCGUGCUGGUGGGCUCCCUGAUCAGCAACAUCGUCUGCUUCUUCGUCUGGCCGCAGAGCGCCACCUCCAACCUGCAAAGCGACAUCGUUCGCAAUCUGCGCGGCUUCUCGACGCUCUUGCGUGUCCUCACAAAGACCUUCUUGCUCGAAGACCCUUCCAACUUCCAUUUCAACGGCGAUCGCAUCAAGCGCGCCAUCGAUGACCACCACGACAGCUUCACCUCGCUCAAGAAGAACUUGGAAGAGGCCAAGCUCGAGUCUCUCUUCGAUCUUCGAAUGCGUGGUAUGGGUGCAAAGUAUGUCGAAGCGACCGACUCGCUCAAUCGGCUUGCACAGCAUCUCACAGGUCUUCGGAGCAGCUGUGGUCUGCAGCAUCAGAUCAUGGCAGCGCAAAGAGAGAAAGCCCGGAUUGCUCGAGAACGAGCGGAGACCACGCCAUCAGCUCAGGACGAGGAGUUCGCGACACAAGAUAGCGCAGCUACGCGUUCCAGUCGCCCUGCCUCGUCGAAGCUUUCCACGAUGUUCGAAGCUGAACCCGCGCUCCAUCCCUCCGAGAUCUACAACGAGGCCAACGCCUUCGAGGAUUUCAUCUCCAGUGUAGGACCGCACAUGCGAAGUCUCGUCUUCUCUUGCUGUCGAACGCUCAGAGGCCUGCGUUCCACUUUUGUGGCGCGCGAUGCGGGCAUCAUCGCCGAACUCAAAGCGGCUUCCCCUGCAGACCAGAGUGCAGGAGAUACUGGCACCUGGCGCGACUUUGCUGGCACUUCAACGCGCGCUUACAUACCAGGCACAAGCUUCGAUGGCUUGCACAGCGACAUCUCGAAGGCGCUGCGCCGGUUCCAGCACGAGCAGACGGUCGCGAUCAAGCGCAUCUACACCAUGGAGCCAAAGAAGCUAGCUCAGCAGAUCGGCAACGACGCGCGCAAUACGGACGUGCAGAAUAACGAGGAUGCGGUAAAAGGCCGUCUGCAGAACAAGCAGGGAGAUGAGGACGUCUUUCUCAUCUUUUUCUUUGUCUUCAAUCUGGAAGAAUUCGCCAAGGAGCUCGAAGUGCUUGUCGAAGCGCUAGAGGAGAUCCGACAGGCAGAAGAGCGGAUUGCUUUGGCGAGACAGACAUCACGAUGGAUGCGUGUCCGUCUCUUCAUGGGCACGCUGAGCGUCACGCUGUCCGACAUCGCUUCGAUGCUCGGCUGGAGAUGGGGCAAAGGUGGCAGCACGAAUGGCAAGCGUCGUCGGUUCGGCAGGACCGCCAAGGCUUCUACAGCAGCCAAAAAGAUCACGACGCCGCUCGACUUUCCCUCGAACCGACGCCACGCCGUUAACACGCACCAGACACCCAAGGCCACAACGUGGCACGACAAGCUGCAGCGACUGGUGUGGGCAGUCGGGGAAUUCUUCCGCCAGCCCGAUACAAAGUUUUCCAUCAAGGCUGGCCUUGGAAGCGCUCUACUGGCGAGCCCCGCUUUUUUCCCUUCGACACGGCCCAUCUUCACCAAAUUCCAGGGCCAAUGGGCGUGUCUCAGCUUCUUUGUGGUGCUCUCCCCGACAGUGGGUCAGUCCAAUCACAUGAGCCUGCAUCGCAUCGUUGGUACCGUCAUGGGCGCCGUUGCCGCCGUCGGGGUGUACAAGCUUUUCCCAGACAACCACAUUCUGCUGCCGAUCUUUGGCGUGCUCUUCUCGAUCCCUUGCUUCCGCUACAUUGUCGGCAAACCUCAGCUGGCCUCGAGCGGACGCUUUGUGCUCCUCACGUACAACCUGACGGCGUUGUACAGUUACAAUCUCCGCAAGACCGAGAUAGAGGUCGAGCAGAUUGCGUACCAACGUACCAUCUCGGUCACUGUGGGCGUCGUGUGGGCGACGCUGCUCAAUCAACUGGUGUGGCCGUUCGAGGCGCGACGUCAGCUUGCGCUAGGCGUGUCGGACGUGCUUUUCAAACUGGCGUGGCUGUAUCAGCGACUUGUGCUGUCGUACUCUCGAGACCUGUCGCAGGCACGGUCGCAUCGACACAGCGCACAUGGGGCGAACGACAACGAGGAUGGAGACGAGCAGACCUACGAUAGCGACGAUCGAGACGACGAAGAAGCCGCUCUACUCGGCAGAUUGGCGUCGCGGCAUGGAGACGAGUUUCAGGCAAUCGAGCUGCAUCUGCAGGUCUCGCUGAUCAAGCUGGAGGGGCUCCUGGCGCAGACCAAGAACGAGCCUCGCCUAAAAGGCCCUUUCCCAGUCGCAACCUAUCGGUCGAUGCUCUCGUGCUGUCAAAAUAUCCUCGACAAGCUGCACAGCAUGCGCUGCGUCACCACACGGCAGGACUGGUACGAGCACGUACGCCAAGAUUUUGUCGUGCCCGUCAACGGCGCGCGGAGGGACAUGGUGGGCAACGUGCUGCUCUACUUUUACACCCUCGGAUCCGCCUUCCAUCUGAAGAGCCCCGUGCCGCCGUACUUCCCACCUGCCGACCAAUGCCGGGCCAGGCUGUUGGAACAGAUUCGGGAACUGCCCGUGGUUAAGCGACGUGCAGUGCGCGGAUCGAGCGCCUACCUGCUGUUCUACUCGUACGCGUUGGCGAUGAAGGACGUGAUUCAUCAGCUGGAUGCGUUGGGGAACCUGACGCAGCAAAACUUUGGGGUGUGGGGUGGCAGCGUCGACGAGUUUGAGAGGCAGUUUGCGGCCAGCGUGGACUCGGUGGUGCCGAGUCCCUAUGCGAGCAAGAAGCCGUCGCGGACAAACAUGGCUGCCGCUGUAUGA